AUGCCAGGCACGAACUGCCAGAAGGCGAUCCAGAUCUGGUCGGAGAAGAAUGAAGGUGCAAAUCCUGAGGAGGCCGAGGUGGUGAAGCUCCUGUGCUUGAGCCCUCCGAUCGAGAAGAUGGAUUCCUCCCUGAAUCAGCUGGUGAACGUCAGGCACCUGGCCCUUUCUACGAACUGCAUUGACAAGAUGAUCUCGUUGCCAGCCCUGAAGAACAUCCAGAUCCUGUCCCUCGGGCGGAACGUGAUCAAGAAGAUCGCCGGCCUCGAGGAGAUCGGGGCGACGCUGCAGGAGUUGUGGCUCUCCUACAACAGCAUCUCGACCCUGGACGGGCUGCAGCCGUGCAGCAAGCUCCACACCCUGUUCAUGUCGAACAACAAGAUCAAGGACCGUGGGCACUUGGCUAUCCGCAGCGAGAUUGAAAAGCUGCAGGCGAAUCCCGAGCUUGCCAGCGUGCUGUUCCUGGGCAACCCGAUGUACGAGGGGCUGUCGAAGAAGCAGGCCAGGAUAAAGGUCAAGGAGGCGCUGCAGGAGGUCAAGACGGUCGAUGGCGAGAUGAUCACUGGGGACGACAUGGACGACGACGAGGGCGAUGGCGAGGAGUCGCCCAAAGCGGCCUGA